AUGUCUUUCGAUACAAUUGCCAAUUCGCGUUACAUAACUCGUGUGCUAACAAUUUUGGGUCUUUGGCCCAUGGCCAAUGGCACUGGCACAUGGUUUGGACGAUACUAUCGCUAUUACCAAUUUUUCCUACACUUGACAUUCACUUUCACGCUAGCGCUGCUCAUGUGGCUGGAAGUAGUUUUGAGUGAAAAUGUAGAGUAUGCCACUCAAAUAUUGAAGAUGGUGCUCACCGAAACAUGUCUCAUCGUUAAAGUACUUAGCACCUGGUGCCAUGCGCGCACAACUCGCGAAUUACUGCACGAAUGGGAGAAGAGUGAAUAUUUGGUGCCUCAUACACGGGAAGAAAGAUUCAUGUGGCGGCGUGCGCAACGCGUCUAUUACAAAGUAAUGGGUGUCUACUUAAUUUGGAGCAUUAGCGCACUGAUUUUAGCUUUCUUAUCAACUUGCUUUAUGAAGACACUUCAAUUGCCGGUUCCAUAUUGGGUACCGCGAAAAUGGCGCGAGAACAAUGCUUGGCCCACAUAUGUGUAUGAUUUCCUGGCCUUAGCUUUCACUUGUUUGUGUAACACCGAAAUCGAUUUGUUCCAAACCUAUUUAAUUUUGCAUUUGACGGUUUGUUUGCGGUUAUGCGGUAUGCGAUUGGAGCGCUUGGGCGAUAUCGGCACAGAUGUUGGCAUAAACAGGGAGCUUGUGAAAAUAAUUCAAAUGCAUCAACGGGUGAGACAAAUGGCCAAAAGCUGCGAGAAAGUGGUAUCGCUACCUGUGCUGGCGCAAAUUAUACUCAGUUCGAUGAUUAUUUGCUUCACAAUCUACCACCUGCAAAGCGCAAGUUUAAGCGAUAACCCUGCCGAUUUUUUCGCCAUGCUGCAAUAUGCCAUCGUUAUGUCGCUGCAGAUAUUCCUGCCGUGCUAUUUUGCCAACGAAUUGACGGUAGAAUCACAGAGUUUGAGUAAACAUCUCUACAAUGCCGAUUGGAUUGCCAUGUCUGCCUCUAAUCGACGACUUAUUUUUCUUUAUAUGGAAUAUUUGAAGCUGCCAUUGGUGUUGCAUGCAGGCAAUUAUUUUAAAAUUGGACUGCCAAUUUUUUCCAAGACUAUGAACAAUGCCUACAGUCUUCUGGCGCUUCUAGUCAAUGUGAGUGAUGAUGGCAAGUAGAGGGCGCUGACGCUCUUGCGCGGAAUAUGAAUAAAGACACAUUAAUCUGUAUGCAUAGAUAUCUUACGUAAGCCACUUUGAAAAA